GUAAAUUUAAACCUAUAAAUAAACAAUGAAUAUUUUUCAAUACUGCAAGCAUCUACGAUGACGUCAUCAUUUUGUACUUAGAUCCUAGCUCUAGACACGCCAAAUAAAAUAACAUUACUAGCGCCAUCUAUCAAACAAAAGCCAAAGCUUUUUUUAAAAAAGAAAACUGUAAUUUUUAAUUUUUUUUUUAGUUCGGCUAUUGAUUAGUAGAUGGCGCCACUAUUAAAAUUGUUUAUUUUCAUUGUGGUUUUUUUUGAGGUUAGAAAAUAUUGAAAUUCCGUUAAAAUGGAUUUAAAUUUCCAGGAAAUCGCCCGGGAAUUGGAGGAAAUCGAGUCCCGAUUCACGCCCAAGCGAAAAUGUCCCAGAAUUUCCAGGAAUUUACACGAAAAUCUGGAAAUUUUAUCAAAAGAAUUUGACUGUUUAGGCCUGCCGACUGUCAAAACAGACGAAACGUUGCCGGAAAUUCUAGAACAAGUUGUCAAUUCCGCAAGGAAUUUGAUCCAAAUUCAUAGAAAUUCAAUCAAAAAUAUCAAAGACAAAAACAUUGAAAAAGUUUCUAGAGAAAAAAGGCACCAGGAAUUACAGGAAAACUUGCAACACUGCAAAGAAAAUUGCAGGAAAAUCCAACAAAAUUGUAAAAGCCUAGAAAAUACCAACUCAAUCCUGGAAAACCAACUGAAAUCCUUGAAAAACCUGGAAAAAACCCACCAAAAAACCCUGGACCAAACCAAACGUCACUUGCUGUCAAAGCAGCGCCAUCUCGAGUUGGAAAUCAAAAACUCCCAAUCUGAAAUUGACAGGCUUAAGCAAAUUUGUGGACAAAAAUUACCAUCCAAAGACGAAAUUGCAUUAAAAAUGAUCCAGAAAUUCAAAAUAAAUGAGGAAAUUUACAAGGAAACUAUUAGGGCUCUGCAGGACAACAACAGCGCCCUCUUGCAGGAAGUUUUCAAUUUAAAAGAGGAGAUUUUGUUGGGCAAAUGAUGAAUAAAUUGUGUGUUUGCUGCAAGUGGUCUCUAUUUUUUUUUUAUGCACAUAGUCUCUAUUUGAUGCACAUAAUCUCUAUUUCUGUUUUCUGCAUUUGGUCUCUCUAUUUUGUUUGCAUAUAAUCUCUAUUUUGGCACAUGGUAUCUAUUUUGCU